AUGGCAUCAAGUGGAAUGCCAUCAAUAGAUAAGCAAAUACUUUGUAAUGAGGCAGCCACAGAGUGGAAUUCUGUAAAAAAAGAAGAAAUCGAAGAAAUUGAAAAAAAAAUUAGAGAAUACUUAACCACUCCAGCUCAAUUGCGUGGUUGUGUGACAGUUUCCACAACUAGUAUGCAGCCUUCACCAUCUCCUUUCAAUCAAUCAUUUCAACAACCUUGUAAACAACAGUUACAAAGUUCUUCUACGUUUGAACCAAUUCAUCAUAAUGCAACAGCACAAAAACAAGCUUUUAAUGCAAUAAAAAGAUUACAAAAAGAAUUAGAAGAACUAAAUACAAUGAAUUUAAUAACAACUAAUAUUCAGCUUCAUAAUGAUCUUAGUUCAUGGAUAACUGCAGUUCGAAACGAAAUGAAAAAAGAAGAAGAACGACUUAAAAAACUCAAAAGGCAUGCACAUAACCAACAAAAAUCUGAAAUAAAAAAACUUCGGGCACUUAAGGAUGAUAAUGUUGUCGUAAGUUUAGCUGCAAGAGCCCACCACCAUCCCACUUUUGUUGGUAUCGCAGGUGUUUCAAGAGAUGAGAGAAGCAAUUAUGUAGAUAAGCAUUAUUGUCUUGCAUCUGUCAAGAAUGCAAGACAGUUUGCUGCAGCUUUUGAAGAUUUUUCUGUAGUACUUUCACAAGAUGAUAAAGCGAAAGUCCCGGUUGGUAUUCCAGCUGUGGGAAAACAUUUUCGAACUAUGCAAACUAUUCGUGAGCCUGUAUCCAUUGCUGAUUAUGACUUUCUUAUUGGCUCAUUUCAAAAAUUAACGCCAUCAGUAUAUUUAGCAAUAAACCCAAAUGAAUUAAAUGAAGCUUUGCAAUUGUCUAUUUUUAUUCGGGUGCAAUGGCAUAUUAGUUCUACAUCUAUUUCAUAUAUAGCAGAUAUCCUGUCUUUAGUAGAUAAUGAAGAUUUUUCUACAAUCUUUAAGCGUGAUAAAGAGGUUAAACCUCUGUGGGUUAUUCUUGUAGAUGGGGGUCCCAAUGAGAACUCCUGUUAUUUAAAAAACAUCAAUCAGUAUUGUAAGCUAUUUUGUUAUUUAGAUUUGGAUUAUAUGACAAUUAGAACACACGCAUCUGGUCAGUCAUCAUAUAAUCCUGUGGAGAGAAGUAUGGUGAUGCUUUCAGGAAAGCUUGCUGAAGUUACACUAAAAAUUAAUCAUUUUGAAGAACAUCUAAACUCACAAGGAGAAGUAUGUGAUUACGAAUUGGAUCUUCUUAACUUUCAUUAUGCUGGUAAGGUUCUUGCUAAUUUAUGGAAAAAAGACCCUAUUCAUGGCAAACCUGUUUAUGUCGAGUAUGUUGAUAAAGAAAAAAAUCUAUUUGUUAAUGUUAAAUUUUUAUCAGAAUUAGAAACAACUGAGAUGCAGAAUGCAAUGGAGGAUGAUAUGCCUGUACCUUGGUUAUGGGUGGAAACCUAUUGUCAAAUUUGUCGAUAUUCCUUAGAUAUUAAAAAAUGUAAUGAUUUAUCAUGCUGUACUCCAAAACGAGCUGAUGAAGCUGUAGCAUUUUUAGGUGAAAAUAACGGCUUCUUACCUCCAGUAACUAAAGGAAAAGAUGGUCACUAUCUUAAUUCUAUACACAUGCUUCAAUACUUCAGCAAUCUAAAAAUUCUCGCAUAUGAUGAACAUCUUCCUUCUCUCUCAGCUGAGAAUCAUUCAAGGCAGUGCUGUAAAAAAUAUGGAAAAUACUUUCCUACAACUACUAUGCUUGUAAGACAUAAAAAAACUAUUCAUCCCAAUUUAAAAAAUUGGUGUCAAGGUCAGCAAUUCCAAACCAACUUGGCUACUCUAGACGAUUUUUCUUUACUGCCUUCAUAUUUUGAAAUGUGGCCAAGAGUCGUUGUGGAAUCUCAAUCUUUUUCUGAUAUUGAAUAA